AUUCUUUUUGACCUUGACCGAGGAGAGGUCGCCCGGUAUUGGAAAUAUAGUCUAAAACAGCUCUUUUCAUGGUUUUCAGAAGUAGAAUACCUCGAAACCAAAUAUAUUUUGUUCUCGCCCUCGGAUUUUUAUCAGGGUACUAUAUCUUCAACGAGCCUUUAAGAAAAUAUUCGAACAAAAGCGUUUCUCUUGAGAGCAAUAAAUCGUCUGAUGAAAAGUGAACUAAAAUGAAACCUAUUUUGAAAAAAAUAGUCCUCUAUUCAACAACAAUUUUGACUUCUGGUAUUCUGUUUGUAACAGGCAUUCUACCAGAAUGGCAACGACGCCAAAAAAUUCAGCAGCGGCACGAGCUAAACAAAAUUCUUCAAAAGCAAUAUGGAGACUCUUACCAGCCGUUUUCUAUUCAAAACUAUAUAAAAACAGUUGACGAUAAAAAUACAAUAGAUAAAAAAUAACAUUCAAAAAAAUUGUUCCGUUCUUAGAAGCUCUACAAGAAUCAAUUUCUUAAAAGUAGACAAGUUUCUAUUGGCAUAGCUCCUUUGAUGCCAUGAUGUAGCUAAGCAUAAGCCUCACUUUCAUUAUGUUUAAUAAUUCAUUUAAUACGAAAUUCGAACCAUAUUAAUGCUUUGAAAUAAUAUGGCAAACACUAAAGCAAGUAAGCCGGCAAAAGAAGUUAUCGCAAGUUGGUAUAUAUUAGUGUAAAACAUUUCAUCACAUUUUAGACGAAAAUUACUGUCGAUUAAACCUCUAAUCAUUCAAAAUAACACACCACACCUGUUCCUGCAAUUAUCAGAAAUUACUUCAAAAGUAAAAAUGAAAAAGAGAGUGGUUAUUUGACAAAUAUGUCUCGGAUUAUAACUUUAGUCGUUUUCACUUUUCUUGGGGAAAGUCUAUCUCAAGAGGAUUCAUGUAAAGGUCGAUGUACCGAAUCCUACUUUCCUGGAAAACCUUGUUACUGCAAUGACAACUGCGACAAAUAUGAAAAUUGUUGUUACGAUUUUUUUAAGGAAUGCAAAGACGGUGUUAUUGUCGAUGAUUGGGUUUCUUAUCAUGGAAAUCAGUAUAAACUAUUUCAUCAAGGAGUUACUGCAUAUGCAGCAAGAAAAUUGUGUAAAGAAAAGGGAGCUUUGCUUGUUAGUUUGAAUACUUUAAGUGAAUUUAAUUACAUUUCGGAUCGAGUUCUUCAAAGAAGAGUUUUAACUCUUGCAAUUGGAGGAAAUGAUGAAAAAGAAGAAGGAAAAUGGAAGUGGGAAGACGGAUCCUCUAUGCCUAUACUUUCAUCUCCGUGGCAUGAGUGGUUUGAAGGAGAACCAGAUAACAAAGGAGGAAAAGAAAAUUGUCUUUUGCUUACUAACUACCUAUGGUGGGUUCCAGGUGUGAAGCCAACUAUACCUCGUUAUGCUUGGGUAGACUAUUAUUGCGAUAUUAAUAUGGAGAAAGAAAUCCAAGGAUUCAUUUGCGAACGAACUUUGGCGUGCGAUUCUUCACCUUGCAAAAAUAAUGGAUCAUGUAUUUAUGUUGGUGGUGAAAAUGAGUUUGAGUGUAUCUGUAAAGAAGGAACCGUUGGAGAUCGAUGUCAAUACAAAGAACCUAAAGAAGGAUUUUGGACAUAUUGCGGUGAAACGAAUUUGAUAUCGACAAACGGCGAGAUAAAAUCACCACUGUUCCCAAAACUCUAUCCAGCGAAUGUAAGAUGUAUAUGGAAUGUGACAGCUCCUCAAGGAACAACUAUUUCUUUCACCAUUAAAGAUUUAGAUCUAGAAGAAGAUAAAAACUGUCGAUACGAUUAUUUAAAGAUAGAAGACGGACUAACGAAUGAGGUCUUGUUGGAUAAAACAUGUGAUUCAAAAGAGAGUUUUAAUAGCAAAAGGUUGGAACCUUUCAGUAGUCAAACGAACUACGCAAAAAUUAUAUUUGCUACUGACGAAUCGAGACACUUCGGAGGAUUUGUUAUUGAAUAUGAACAGCAAGCUUGUGGUUUGGGAAUUGGGAAUUCUGGUUGCGGGACUAAAAGAUCAUUUACGUCAAAAUGUGGUAGCUUUGAGGUGGAUCAGAAAUCCGAGAGGAGCACUUGCGAUUGGUUGAUAACAACUGAUACUAAUCACAAGAUAAAUGUGUCUUUUAUCCAGUUUAAUAUCCCAGAUGGAGGUAGAGAUUGUUCGUCGAAUUAUCUGGAACUAUUUGACGGUCCGGAUUCUUCCUCUACAAGAAUUGAUAAGUACUGUGGUAAAAUGUACGAUUGGAAUAUAGAAACCACUUUGUACUUAAAAUUGAACACUCCUGAUUGGGAAGUGGGUAGACACAAAUUUUCUCUUGAUUACUUAUCAAUUGAUGAAAAGAAAUGGAAGCGUUUAGGGCCUAUUCAACAACGAUUGGCUAGAAGCGGCACAAUCUCAUCAAACUUAGAUCAAGCUGUUAUAGAAACGGAGAAUGAAAUUAUAUAUAAAUGGAUAUUGAAAGUCCGCAUAGGUGAGAAGAUGGUAGUAAAAUGGAAAUUUGAAUGUAUCGAUUGUCAAGCAAGACUCCAAAUGUUUGAUGGCCAUUCCGAGCACUCUAAGUUGAUCGAAGAGCAUCAAGAUACUGACUUAAUCGAUACAAAUGCUACUACGUUAAAUGGACAAGUUAAUCCAAACUCCUUUCAAACCCUCAUCAUUUUUACGAAAAAUAAAAAUAAGGGAUACGCUGUAUUCGAUGCCUCUUUUAAUAUGAUAGAGUGGAUUCCGCAAGUAUCAGGAUGCUACCGCCCUCUAUACUAUGACAAUCCAAAAAGUAAAGCUACAGAAAAUGAAUUGGUAUCUGUUCUGGAACCUAUUGUUGUUAUGGCAAGUAACAAUUCGUAUGAUAGUUUAAAUGCUGGAUAUGACGAGGGAUUGUAUUGCAAAUGGUUAAUUAGAGCUGGCGAUCCAAAAGAAAAAUUACAGUUAACAAUAUUAAAUGCGCUUUUACAACCGCAGUCAAAAAAUUGUGAUGAUGAUGGAUUUGUUGUUUAUGAUGGCCCUUUUUGUGGAUCUCAGAAGUUUAUGGAGAAUAUUAUAAAAUCGACAUCUGAUAAAUUGUUAAUUGUAUUUUAUUCUGACUCAAGGGGUUUUAGGAGAGCAAAUGGUAUCCUGAGAGGACUUGUUACCGUUUCAGAUAUGGGAAACUGUAAGGUAUGGGAAAAAGAGAAUCCUGGUUCAUUUGUCAUCAAUUCGGAAUGCGGAACUAUUCUCUCUCCAUCCUUUCCUGGCAAGGUAGCUAGGGGUUCCUGGGUUAUGGAGAUAAAUGUUGAAUUGGGAUCGUACAUAGAAUUCCAGUUACUCUAUGCAAGAGGUCCAGGGAUUAGCACAGACUGUAAUGUUUAUGUUAGAUUGAGAGAGUUAACUCGUCAAAAGCAAAAAAAAGCACAACAGGAGACAGAUAUACUCAAACUCUGUUCUGAAGUGAAAUUAAUCAUUCCGACAAGAAAAUAUUUUGUACCAAGUCAGCGGGGAAGUAUUGAAUUGAAUACUUUACUCAGCAACGUAAAAAUGCAAUGGGAAUUUAAAAUAUCUUAUAGAACUGUUCCUCUAAUGAAGCCGGAAAAUUUAAAUUUAUCUCCACCACCUACAAUAUGUGAUAAACGAAAUGAUACUGAUUACGUUAUAAAUUAUGAAAAUCAUUGUUAUUACUAUUAUUCAUGGGUGUUUAGACAUUAUUUAAAAGAAAAAUACAGUUUUCAAGUUAGUUGGCAGAAAAGUCAAGCACAUUGUGAAAGCUUUGGCGCUUCUCUGUUAUCAAUCUUUGACAAUGCUGAAGCGGAAAUGUUAAAAUAUGCAUUUUCAACAAAAUGGUUCUGGGAUCCUAUUGCCAACUUUCAAGUAAACCACAGAGCAAUAUUUAUAGGAUUAGAAAACAAGGAAAAUAUAUAUAAAUGGAAAGACAGCACACCUCUAGGUUAUUCAGACUGGUUUGGCAAAACAAAUCAAUAUGAACAGGGCAUAAUAACCGAUGACAGCUACUUGAAAGAUGUUGUAUCAUUUAAAAAUCCUCAACCUACAGCAGAUGUAGCAAGCCUGUGCACUAUAAUGAUUCUAAUCAACCCAAAGAAACCAUUACAUUGGGCAAAAAUUCCCUGUGACUAUCCUAUGUUUCGCGCAGGACAAAUUUGUAAAAUGCCCGACAAAAAACCUCAUGAACAGUCAUGGGAACCAAACAAAGAAAUUCGUUUUUAUAACCAAAAGUCUCUUCAAGGUUGCCUUGAAGGAUGGUUUAAAAUGUCAAACUAUUGCUUCCAAAUGCAUACUGUGUAUAAUACAUUAAGUGAGCAAAAUGAACAAACAAUUCAACCUUUCAAUUACACUGAGGCGGAGGAUAUGUGUAAAACCAAAGACGCUUUUAUGGCAAAAGUGGAUAUUUUUAACUUCGAGAAACUGAAAAAUUAUUUAGAAAUUUGGAAAUAUAGACCAGAAUAUGAAGGAAUUUGGUUAGGUAAAAAUAAUGAAAACGAUUUACAGUGUCCUUAUAUAAAAGCCUAUAAGAACCACGAUCAAGAUGAAGAAGUAUUGUACGAGAAAAUGAUCGUCGAUUGUAACAAAACACCAAACGAAGCACCACUGCUAGGCAGUGUUUUAUGCGCGACUAAAACGAAGCAACUGAGCGAAGAAUGUGGUGAAAAUGAGUUCAAGUGUAAUGAUGGGUCAUGUAUAUUAACAGACUUUUUUUGUGAUGGAAUUGAGGACUGUAAAGAUGGAAGUGAUGAAGUACAAUGCAAAUGUGGGCAAACAGAGUUCAAAUGUCAAAAUGGAAAGUGUAUAUCUCUCUCUCUAAGAUGUAACUUUAUUGAUAAUUGCGGAGAUAAUAGUGAUGAGGAUUGCGUACAUGAACAAUGUUCAAGCAGUGAGUUUAUGUGUACGAAUGGAGAGUGUAUAGAUAAACUACUCGUAUGUGAUCUAAAGGAUAACUGUAAAGACGGAAGUGACGAAACUUCGACACUAUGCGAGGGAUCGUGCAACGGAUUUUUGUGUUUCUCUGGAAAAUGUAUUGAUUCAAAGUUGAAAAAGGACCUAAUAGCUGAUUGUCCCGGUCUUUCUCAAGAGGAUGAAAAAGAAACGGCAGUUUUCACAAUAUGGGAUGUAUAUGAAUCGAGAGUAAAUGAAACAAAAGAAGUAUUAGGUUGCUCGCCAAUGGAAACAUACAAAUCUCAGUGUCGAACAGGUCACGAAUUUUGCUUUGAUCGAUCAAAAGCCUGCAUAUAUGAUACAGAAAUAAACUCUGGUUCUCUCCUACAAAAAACUUGUCGAGAUGGUUCUCACUUAGGGAAGCAUUGUUCUUCUAUUGAAUGUCCUGGCAUGUUUCAUUGUCCAAAGAGUUAUUGUAUACCUUAUAGAAAGAUGUGUGAUGAAAAUUGUCCGGGAGGGGAAGAUGAGGUUGGCUGUAAGAACUAUACUUGCGAAAAUUUAUUCAAGUGCAAAGGUGGAAAUUUUUGUAUAAAUCAUGAAGAAGUCUGUGAUGGUAAAAUAGAUUGUCCAAAGUAUGGAGAUGAUGAAACUUACUGUGAAGACUUAGAUCCACUGUGCGACGUUGACGGAUGCAGCUGUCGCGGGAAAAUUAUCGAAUGUUCGAAUAGUAAUGUGACGUCAUUUCCGAUAUAUACUAAAAGAAAAACGCGGCAAGUCAGAGCACUAGUUCUCUCCUAUAAUUCUAUUGAUGUUCUGAAGUAUGAUAUGCUAAGAAAGUUUCACUGGCUAAUAAAGCUAAACUUGAGUCGAAAUUCAAUAAGUGAUGUACAGCCUUUAGCAUUUAGUGAUCUAAAGAACUUGGGCGAGCUGGAUCUCAGUUUUAACAAUUUGAGGACUUUAGAUAGUAAUACAUUUACGGGUUUAAGGUCAUUGGUUAGACUGGACUUGAGCAAUAAUUUUCUAUCAACCUUGAGACAAGAGUUUCUAAAUCCUUUCACGAAUAUACAACAUCUAAUUUUAAUCGAGAAUCAGUUGAAUGAUGUUAGUAAGAAUGCGUUUUCAUCUUUAAAGAACCUUGAGAUUUUGAAUACAGAUGCAUUUAAGUUUUGUUGUAUUGCUACCAACGUGAAAAAGUGCACUCCAGAGCCUGAUGAAUUUUCGAGUUGCGAAGACCUUAUGGCUAAUUACGCUUUGCAGAUUAGUAUAUGGGUAUUGGGAUUUUGUGCUUUUAUCGGAAAUUCAUUUGUUGUUGCGUGGAGAAUUAAAACCGACAGACAUAGAGUAUCAUCUUUUUUCAUAUUGAAUUUAGGAAUUUCUGAUUGGAUGAUGGGCAUUUAUAUGCUAAUUAUCGCCUCUGUUGACAUGAAAUAUCGUGGUGAAUAUAUUGUUCACGCAGAUUCAUGGCGUGAAAGUGCCCUAUGUCAAUUCGCUGGUAUCUUGGCAAUGUUAUCGUCAGAAGUGAGCGUCUUUAUGUUGACUGCAAUCACAGUUGACCGUGUGAUUGCCAUAAAUUUUCCAUUGAAAGGAGGUAUUCGAAUGAAAAAUGCAAAAAUUGUUGUGCUUUUUGGUUGGCUCGUUUGUUUCCUGCUAACAAUCAUUCCCGCAACAAAGAUCUCGUAUUUUGGAGAAUCAUUUUUUGGUCGCACGGGUGUUUGUUUACCAUUUCAGAUGUCCAACAAGAAAGUCGCCGGAUGGGAGUACUCCUUGUUGAUAUUUCUUGUUUUGAAUCUAGCAUCAUUUGUGGUGAUAUUUUUGAGCUACGUGUCAAUUUUCGGAGUUGUGAAGUCGUCAAUGGACGAAAUGGGGAAAAACUCUACUAAAAGUGGGAAUGAAUACGAUUUGGCUAAGAAACUUGUACUAAUAAUAGCAACUGAUUUUAUGUGUUGGGUCCCUAUUAUACUGAUUGGUUUCGCGGCUUUGGGAGGAGUACAGAUACCGGCGGUUGUCUCGGCUUGGAUUGCUGUAUUCGUUUUACCUUUGAAUAGCGCAAUGAACCCCAUUUUGUAUACGUUUUCUGCAAUGGAUUGUGGAAAGAAAAAGAAAAAAGCUAAGACUGUUACCACCGUGUCAAUGGCUCCACAAAUUUCGAAGAAAGCCCCAAACGUUUCUUUUUCCGAAGAUUCGUCUUGUGCAGGACGAUGUGCAGAGUCUUACUUUCCUGGAAAACCUUGUUACUGCAAUGAUAAUUGCGAUAGAUUUGAGAAUUGCUGCUAUGAUUUCUUUAAACAGUGCAAAAACGGUGUUAUUGUUGAUGAUUGGGUUUCUUAUCAAGGAAAUCAGUAUAAGCUAUUUCAUCAAGGAGUUACUGCAUACGCAGCAAGAAAAUUGUGUAAAGAAAAGGGAGCUUUGCUUGUUAGUUUGAAUACUUUAAGUGAAUUUAAUUACAUUUCGGAUCGAGUUCUUCAAAGAAGAGUUUUAACUCUUGCAAUUGGAGGAAAUGAUGAAAAAGAAGAAGGAAAAUGGAAGUGGGAAGACGGAUCCUCUAUGCCUAUACUUUCAUCUCCGUGGCAUGAGUGGUUUGAAGGAGAACCAGAUAACAAAGGAGGAAAAGAAAAUUGUCUUUUGCUUACUAACUACCUAUGGUGGGUUCCUGGGAUAAAGCCAACUAUACCUCGUUAUGCUUGGGUAGACUAUUAUUGCGAUAUUAAUAUGGAGAAAGAAAUCCAAGGAUUCAUUUGCGAACGAACUUUGGCGUGCGAUUCUUCACCUUGCAAAAAUAAUGGAUCAUGUAUUUAUGUUGGUGGUGAAAAUGAGUUUGAGUGUAUCUGUAAAGAAGGAACCGUUGGAGAUCGAUGUCAAUACAAAGAACCUAAAGAAGGAUUUUGGACAUAUUGCGGUGAAACGAAUUUGAUAUCGACAAACGGCGAGAUAAAAUCACCACUGUUCCCAAAACUCUAUCCAGCGAAUGUAAGAUGUAUAUGGAAUGUGACAGCUCCUCAAGGAACAACUAUUUCUUUCACCAUUAAAGAUUUAGAUCUAGAAGAAGAUAAAAACUGUCGAUACGAUUAUUUAAAGAUAGAAGACGGACUAACGAAUGAGAUCUUGUUGGAGAACAUUUGCGACGCGAAAGAAAGUUUUAUUAAAAGAAGUCUUGAGCCAAUAACGGGUAGGAGUAAUGAAGCCAGAGUAAUCUUUGUCACUGAUGAUACUCAACACUUCGGGGGAUUCAGAGUUUCUUAUGAAGAACAAAAAUGUGGUAUCGGUUAUGGGCUGUCUGGUUGUAAAAGCAGCAAAUAUUUUACUUCUAACUGUGGUAUUAUAGAGAUUAACGACGGUCCGCUAAAUAACACUUGCGAGUGGAUCAUAAACGUGGCUGAUAACUCUUUUAUAAAUGUUACUUUUAAAAAUUUCUAUAUUCCAGAGGGAGGAAGCAAUUGUUUCCUUAAUAGCUUAAUGGUAUUUGAUGGAAAUGCUUCAUUUUAUCCAUUAAUUGCUAAAAAUUGCGGGAAAAUGUUUGAUUGGGAAGUGUUUAGUACAAAAAAUAUAUUUGACGGUUAUUCUGAACAUUCUAAAUUAGGUGUUUUAAGGAAUGAAUCUGAUCUUGUACAACGAAAUUCAACUCUAAUUGAGGAUGUUUUUGAGCCAAAUUCAUAUCAAAGUUUAAUAAAAUUUUGGUUAAGAAAGGGUGUUGGUUACUAUUCUGGCUUUACAGCAAAUUUUACAGCCACAGAAUGGACUCCAAUUUAUUCAGGCUGCUAUCGUCCUCUUUACUAUUCUAAUCCUAAUAGUAAAGCAACCGAAAAUCAAAUGGUUACCUUGCAAGAACCUGUUAUUAUUAUGGCGAGCAAUCAAUCUGACGACAGUCUAAAACCAAGUUAUAGUCAUGGUUUGUACUGUAAGUGGCUCAUACAAGCAAAAGGUCAGUUUGAGAGACUACGCUUAAAAAUAUUAAAUGCCCGCUUACAACCGCAAACGAGAGACUGCGAUUAUGAUGGUUUUGUUGUUUAUGAUGGAAAUAAUACCGAAUCGAUAAAGCAUGGUCCCUAUUGCGGUACAGAUGAUUUCCUAGAUCAAGUUAUUAUUUCUUCAUCAAAUCAGUUGUUAGUAGUCUUUUAUUCGGAUUCACGAGGGACAAGAAGACUUAAUGGAAUAUUUCGAGCAUUGAUCUCCUUGUCAGACACGAGAAACUGUGAAAUAGUGGAAAAACAGUCCCCGGGAACUAUUAAUAUAGAUUACCCUUGUGGUACUUUAUUAUCCCCAUUAUUCCCUGGAAAAGUUACGAUGGCAUCGUGGGUUUAUGAAAUAACAGUAGAAAAAGAGAAUUUUAUUGAACUGCAAGUUUUAUAUAUCAGGGGACCAGUAAUAGAAAUGAAUUGCGCCUCCUACGUAAAAAUUAAAGAAUUAACUAGACAAAAGCAGAACAAAAUGCAUCAGGAAGUUGACAUAAUAAAAUUGUGUUCAGAGAAUGGCCUUUUCAUACCGAAAAAGAAAUAUAUAAUACCAAGUCAAAGAGCAAGCAUUGAAUUAAAUACUUUACUAAGCAAUGUUAAAUUACAUUGGGAAUUUAAAGUCUUUUACAGGACUAUAGAAAUAGAUAAACCAUUUGGCUUAACACUUGAACCAGAAGGGUCCCUCUGUGAGAAGAGAAAGAAGACAAGUUAUGUUAUUCAUUAUAACAAUCAUUGCUACUAUUAUUAUAACUGGGUUUUUCGCCAUUACAAGAAAGAAGAGUAUAAUUUUCAAGAAACUUGGCAGAAAAGUCAGGAGUAUUGUAACAGCUACAAUGCAAAUUUAAUUUCAAUUUGGGAUGAACAAGAAGAACAAAUAAUAAAAUACGCUUUCACAAAGCCCUGGUUCUGGGAUCCACUUGCAAGUUUCCAAAUAAAUCAUAGAGUAAUAUAUAUAGGGCUCAAAACACUUAACCACGAAGGCUUAUGGCGAGAUGGAACAGCUUUAUCUUAUACAGAUUGGUAUAAGCCGAGAAACCCUAUAGAGCAAAACAUAAUAACUAGUGACAGCUACUUAAAAGACGUGAUUUCCUUUAAAGAUCCACAACCAACUUCCGAUGCAGCUAGCUUAUGUUCAGUUAUGAUUAUUACAAAUCCAGCUGACAAUCUCCAUUGGGCAAAAAUUCCCUGUGACUAUCCAAUUUUUCGCGCAGGACAAAUUUGCAAAAUGCCCGACAAAAAACCUCAUGAACCAUCUUGGGAACCAACCACAGAAAUUCGUUUAUAUAACCGAAAGAAACUUCAAGGCUGCCUAAAAAAUUGGUUUAAAAUGUCACACUAUUGCUUCCAAAUGCAUACUGUGUAUAAUACAUUAAGUGAGCAAAAUGAACAAACAAUUCAACCUUUCAAUUACACUGAGGCGGAGGAUAUGUGUAAAACCAAAGACGCUUUUAUGGCAAAAGUGGAUAUUUUUAACUUCGAGAAACUGAAAAAUUAUUUAGAAAUUUGGAAAUAUAGACCAGAAUAUGAAGGAAUUUGGUUAGGUAAAAAUAAUGAAAACGAUUUACAGUGUCCUUAUAUAAAAGCCUAUAAGAACCACGAUCAAGAUGAAGAAGUAUUGUACGAGAAAAUGAUCGUCGAUUGUAACAAAACACCAAACGAAGCACCACUGCUAGGCAGUGUUUUAUGCGCGACUAAAACGAAGCAACUGAGCGAAGAAUGUGGUGAAAAUGAGUUCAAGUGUAAUGAUGGGUCAUGUAUAUUAACAGACUUUUUUUGUGAUGGAAUUGAGGACUGUAAAGAUGGAAGUGAUGAAGUACAAUGCAAAUGUGGGCAAACAGAGUUCAAAUGUCAAAAUGGAAAGUGUAUAUCUCUCUCUCUAAGAUGUAACUUUAUUGAUAAUUGCGGAGAUAAUAGUGAUGAGGAUUGCGUACAUGAACAAUGUUCAAGCAGUGAGUUUAUGUGUACGAAUGGAGAGUGUAUAGAUAAACUACUCGUAUGUGAUCUAAAGGAUAACUGUAAAGACGGAAGUGACGAAACUUCGACACUAUGCGAGGGAUCGUGCAACGGAUUUUUGUGUUUCUCUGGAAAAUGUAUUGAUUCAAAGUUGAAAAAGGACCUAAUAGCUGAUUGUCCCGGUCUUUCUCAAGAGGAUGAAAAAGAAACGGCAGUUUUCACAAUAUGGGAUGUAUAUGAAUCGAGAGUAAAUGAAACAAAAGAAGUAUUAGGUUGCUCGCCAAUGGAAACAUACAAAUCUCAGUGUCGAACAGGUCACGAAUUUUGCUUUGAUCGAUCAAAAGCCUGCAUAUAUGAUACAGAAAUAAACUCUGGUUCUCUCCUACAAAAAACUUGUCGAGAUGGUUCUCACUUAGGGAAGCAUUGUUCUUCUAUUGAAUGUCCUGGCAUGUUUCAUUGUCCAAAGAGUUAUUGUAUACCUUAUAGAAAGAUGUGUGAUGAAAAUUGUCCGGGAGGGGAAGAUGAGGUUGGCUGUAAGAACUAUACUUGCGAAAAUUUAUUCAAGUGCAAAGGUGGAAAUUUUUGUAUAAAUCAUGAAGAAGUCUGUGAUGGUAAAAUAGAUUGUCCAAAGUAUGGAGAUGAUGAAACUUACUGUGAAGACUUAGAUCCACUGUGCGACGUUGACGGAUGCAGCUGUCGCGGGAAAAUUAUCGAAUGUUCGAAUAGUAAUGUGACGUCAUUUCCGAUAUAUACUAAAAGAAAAACGCGGCAAGUCAGAGCACUAGUUCUCUCCUAUAAUUCUAUUGAUGUUCUGAAGUAUGAUAUGCUAAGAAAGUUUCACUGGCUAAUAAAGCUAAACUUGAGUCGAAAUUCAAUAAGUGAUGUACAGCCUUUAGCAUUUAGUGAUCUAAAGAACUUGGGCGAGCUGGAUCUCAGUUUUAACAAUUUGAGGACUUUAGAUAGUAAUACAUUUACGGGUUUAAGGUCAUUGGUUAGACUGGACUUGAGCAAUAAUUUUCUAUCAACCUUGAGACAAGAGUUUCUAAAUCCUUUCACGAAUAUACAACAUCUAAUUUUAAUCGAGAAUCAGUUGAAUGAUGUUAGUAAGAAUGCGUUUUCAUCUUUAAAGAACCUUGAGAUUUUGAAUACAGAUGCAUUUAAGUUUUGUUGUAUUGCUACCAACGUGAAAAAGUGCACUCCAGAGCCUGAUGAAUUUUCGAGUUGCGAAGACCUUAUGGCUAAUUACGCUUUGCAGAUUAGUAUAUGGGUAUUGGGAUUUUGUGCUUUUAUCGGAAAUUCAUUUGUUGUUGCGUGGAGAAUUAAAACCGACAGACAUAGAGUAUCAUCUUUUUUCAUAUUGAAUUUAGGAAUUUCUGAUUGGAUGAUGGGCAUUUAUAUGCUAAUUAUCGCCUCUGUUGACAUGAAAUAUCGUGGUGAAUAUAUUGUUCACGCAGAUUCAUGGCGUGAAAGUGCCCUAUGUCAAUUCGCUGGUAUCUUGGCAAUGUUAUCGUCAGAAGUGAGCGUCUUUAUGUUGACUGCAAUCACAGUUGACCGUGUGAUUGCCAUAAAUUUUCCAUUGAAAGGAGGUAUUCGAAUGAAAAAUGCAAAAAUUGUUGUGCUUUUUGGUUGGCUCGUUUGUUUCCUGCUAACAAUCAUUCCCGCAACAAAGAUCUCGUAUUUUGGAGAAUCAUUUUUUGGUCGCACGGGUGUUUGUUUACCAUUUCAGAUGUCCAACAAGAAAGUCGCCGGAUGGGAGUACUCCUUGUUGAUAUUUCUUGUUUUGAAUCUAGCAUCAUUUGUGGUGAUAUUUUUGAGCUACGUGUCAAUUUUCGGAGUUGUGAAGUCGUCAAUGGACGAAAUGGGGAAAAACUCUACUAAAAGUGGGAAUGAAUACGAUUUGGCUAAGAAACUUGUACUAAUAAUAGCAACUGAUUUUAUGUGUUGGGUCCCUAUUAUACUGAUUGGUUUCGCGGCUUUGGGAGGAGUACAGAUACCGGCGGUUGUCUCGGCUUGGAUUGCUGUAUUCGUUUUACCUUUGAAUAGCGCAAUGAACCCAUUUUUGUACACUUUUUCAACUAUUGAUUUUCGAAGAAAAAAGAAACGUGGGUUAACUGCCUCUUUUGAAACUUUGAAGAGAAAAUCAAAGAAUCAAAAUUUAAUAUAUAAAGGCAACUAUAAGAGUAUUGGGAAUGUCUCUGAUUUACCAAAUGUUUACACAAUUAAUGAUGAUAGUUCUCUUUUCGAAACUAUUUGCUUGUCACUACACAAAAACGUUAGCGUUAUUAUCAUCUAUGGUAUCGAAAAUGACGUGUUUCAGGGCGUAUUGCCUUUGGCUCUUUUAGCAGGCGUAAAAUUAUUGAGCGUCAAUGAAAAAUUGGAUUAUUUAAUAAGCAGUAGGAUAUUUUUUAUAUCUUUCAUCUUACAGAAUUUGCCCCUAGCCAAUAGACUCGUAAUAAUAUAUAGAACUGAAGCUUGCUCUGCCGACCAACCGUUCUGCAAAGCAGAGAAAUUAGCAGACAUUAACUGCUUAGGUGAUGAAAAUAAUUGUUCAUUAAAGUCGAUUGCAAUUCAAUCGUCAAAUAUUAAUCCAUUCUACGGCGUAAGGCUAUUGGUUGUCUUAGACAGGAAAUAUGAAUUGAAUACUACUCGACCAACAAGAGAUUAUUAUUCGAAUUUAGCGGACGUUUACCCUAUUUCAGGUCAUACUUUCGACUUAUUAUGGAAAUUGAAAGUUAAAAUGGGCAUUAAUUUUACAUUUAUAAAUGCCGUGAACUGUGAAACUAACAAAACGAAAUCAUCUGACUGUUUAAUUAAUAAUCUUAUAGACAGUAAAGCUGAUGUAACUGCCGGAUUAUUGAUGAAAUCACCCGACUAUGAGAAAUACUCACGCUUUAUAUUCAGUUAUAAAAUCAAAUUAGCAGUCAUUGGACCUCGUUUACAGCCAGUUAAGAGUGUCUUUGAGACAUUUUGGUCUUCUCACACACCAGGCACUUGGUGUUGUUACAUUCUAAUUGGCUUACUCAGUUCGAUUCUUCUUAAAUUUUGGACGGGAGUUGAGGGUUCAUCGACCAAUGUUGUUUGGACGAUAAUGAGCUCCCCAUUGCAAAAAUCAGGUUUACGUCAUGUGCACUCCCUAAAAACAUUACCAAGGCUUGUCGUAGCCGUAUGGUGGGCUAUAGCCUUUGUUCUUGUCAUUCAUAGUACCGGGAUUAUAUGCUCAGAGAUUUUUCAAAGGAAUUUUCGAUUAGGCAAAACAAACUUUAAAAAUUUACUUUCCAGCGGAGCGAACGUAGUUAUAUACGAACCGUUUGCUAUGGAAGUUCUUAAAUCGUUUAAGUUACGCAACAAAACUAUGAGGCAGGUUUCGUUUUUUAUGCACGAAAAGAUUACAUCGGUCUAUACGGAUUUUAACGAGACAGUGGUGAAAUCGAUAAAUGAUGGAAUAGAAAGAGUUAGAAAUUCUUUCGGAAAACCGCCGAAUCAGCAAGUUUUAUUUGUUUAUUUGGAAGACUAUUUAAAAUACGAAGUAAGUAAAAGGCCAUGUAAUCUACAACUGAUACCGGUAGAUCCCAUAGAAGAGGAAUAUAUUGAGUUUGGAAUAGCAGCAAGGAAAGAUUUAAAAAUGUCGAAUGAAUUAGAGGAAAUCCUUAAUACAUCUGAAAUGUACGAGUAUUCAAGUGUGAAACGAUGGAAUCGAUACCUAAAGGAAACAACUGGUGAUGAUAGAUGCAAGAAGGAGGAAUAUAAUAAUAAUAUUGUUAAUAACUAUGAAAUGAAAAUGAUAACAGUGUUCUUCUCAUGUCUUAUCGUUUGUCUAUUUUCUACUUUUGUUUUACUCCCUGUAGAAUACGUUCUAAGAGAUUGCAAAACGCCUACGCAAUGGAAAAAUUCGCUAAAGAAUUUUUAUGAAGAUUCGUUAAAGCUAUUGGAACACUUGAAACAGCGGGUAAUAACGGAACCGGAAGACAUUUUCGAACACUGCUAUCCGAUAAAGACUGAUGGUUGUGAGCGAAAUGUUGAUUACUGUACAGAUAUAAUUUCAGAAUGGAGAGACACCUAG